ACCUGCGCUCGCCCCGGAUUGGGCGCCGGCUUGGCCGGCUCGCAGGCUCCUAGGGGCCCUGCUUUCUGAUUCGUCAGUUGGGCCAGCCCCACGGCCUGCACGCUGAAUGGCUGCGCCGCUACCUGUAUAGGCCUCUGAUUGGGUGCGCGGCGCCUCCCUGGCGUGAUAGGUCAGGACCACCGCCCCCCUGGCUCCCCAUUGGCCGCUCGGCGAAGCCCGGUCUCCGGGUAAGAUGGCAGCGGACGGACAGUGCUCGCUCCCCGCUUCAUGGCGGCCGGUGACCCUCACCCACGUCGAAUAUCCCGCAGGUGAUCUCUCCGGCCACCUCCUUGCCUACCUGAGCCUCAGCCCCAUCUUUGUCAUUGUCGGUUUUGUGACCCUCAUCAUAUUCAAGCGGGAGCUGCACACGAUCUCAUUCCUCGGGGGCCUGGCACUGAACGAGGGCGUCAACUGGCUGAUCAAACACGUCGUCCAGGAGCCACGACCCUGUGGAGGCCCCCACGUGGCAGUGGGCACCAAGUACGGGAUGCCCUCCAGCCAUUCCCAGUUUAUGUGGUUCUUCUCCGUCUACUCCUUCCUUUUCCUCUACUUAAGAAUGCACCAAACGAACAAUGCCAGGUUCCUGGACCUGCUGUGGAGGCACCUGCUCUCCCUGGGUCUCCUCACCGUGGCCUUUCUCGUCUCCUACAGCAGGGUCUACCUGCUGUACCACACCUGGAGCCAGGUGCUCUAUGGGGGCAUCGCUGGAGGCCUCAUGGCCGUCGCCUGGUUUGUCUUCACCCAGGAGGUCCUCACCCCGCUCUUCCCUAGGAUAGCAGCCUGGCCUAUCUCUGAGUUCUUCCUAAUCCGAGACACGAGCCUCAUUCCCAACGUCCUCUGGUUUGAGUACACAGUGACCCGGGCAGAAGCCAGGAACAGACAACGCAAGCUGGGGACGAAACUGCAGUGACUGGGGAGUGUGGCUGGGUCCAGCCUCCAGGUCUGGCCUGCAUGAUGCCUUGCAGGAUGGACGAAAUGACAGACAGAGGGACGAAGCAGAGACCUCUACAGACCCAAGUCACCAAGUGGAGCCUUUUUUUUUCUUAUUUUAAUUUUAACGAACAAGGUGGACCAAAGGGCUGAGCCAGCCCCUCAGCCAGGACCCCGGAGGGCCUGCUGCCAGGGGUGGCCUCACGGCCAGAGACCCUCGCCGCACUGCUGCCAGCCCCCGGUUGGGCGGAAAGUGCCCUUGGCACGGGCACCGGGGCGUGGGGUAGAGAAGGAGGGCUCGCACCUCUGGUCACAGGACCAGGAAAGCCAGGUGGCGUGAAAACUACACACUAUUUAUUUUGGGGUUUUGUCAAAGGCAGGCGGGAUUUUGGAGAUGGGGCUACAAGAGCCUGCUCUGCGGCGGCUGCCCUGCCUACCAGGGGCCCAGGUCAGCCUCCCAGCCCUUUGCCAGGGCCCGAGAGGGGGCCCGGGGGCCCAGGAGGAGGGAGCACCCCCACGCCCUCCCUGCUGCCAAUGCCAUUCCAGAACCUUGGUCAGUGUUUCCUGUGGGGGGGCUGGGCCCAGAGAGAGCACGUGUCUGGCGCUGCUAUCCUUGUGUCCUACCCGCAUCGACCCUGCACCAAAAGGGCUUUCUCUGGUCCCCUGUCCCCAAGACAGUGGUCCCUUCCUGACAAAAGAGCCUGCACAUGUGGGUGAGCAAACCCAAGCUGUUUACAGCUCUUUCUGUCCUGCUGUCUGGUCGCGCCUCGUCUUCAUCACCCGAACAAAAUGCAGAGGAACCAGGAGCCGCCGAGAGGGGUGGGGGCCUGCUGUCCCCGCCCUGCCCUUCCCUCUGUGAGCUCGGAGCGCCCCUUGUCCUUCCCGUCGCCCGUCCGAGAGGCUGGGAACCUGCUCGGGUCGCCCUGAGCCUGCGUCCGGGCUGUGGGCUCACAGAGCCCCACUGCCCAGCUCAGAGGAUGCUCCUCCCAGGCGCCAAGUUGCUUGCAAAUGGAGUUGCGGAGAGUAGACGCUUCCAGACUCAGAAGCUUCUAGAACUGAACCAGGCUGCUGGGGACCUGUGUUUGACCCCCCACUCCCACCCCCGGUCCCCCGCUGCCUUUUCUUUGUGGAGGUUCCUAAUCUGCUGCUGAAGCACAAUAUUUUGGUGCUUUCUUUUCUCAUUUGUUAAAGACAGUGUCCAAAGCCAUUCCAGAAGCCAGGACCAGGGGCCUAUUUCUGGGGAAGGUUGGUCAGUCCCCACAUUUUCCUUUCCUUCCCUUCUUAUUUUUGUUUUUUACUUUUUGCCUGAGACAAGCCAAGUGUGAGAUGGUUUGACUUAAGAAAAAUCAAUGAAAUUGUUUACUAUUGUUUUAAAAUAAAACCUUGAACUCUG